GGGUGGAGUUCACAACCGGUAGCGUCUGAAGCUUCAGGAGUUCCGGGUCGCGCGUUCGCCGCCAAAAUGUCGGGCAGGAAGAAGAUCAGGGAAGUGAAGGAGGAGGCGGUCCACUACGGUCCAACUGUCCGUGAAGAGCACGUGUUAGGUGUUGCCCACAUUUUCGCGUCCUUGAUACGUUCGUGCACGUAAUGGAUCUGUCAGGGAAGGAAACGAUCGCCCGUGUUACAGGUGGGAUGAAAGUGAAGGCGGAUCGUGAUGAAGCAUCUCCCUAUGCGGCUAUGCUUGCAGCACAAGACGUUGCACAGAGGUGCAAGGAGCUCGGUAUCACUGCGCUGCAUAUCAAGCUUCGUGCCACGGGCGGUAACAAGACGAAGACCCCUGGCCCUGGUGCUCAGUCCGCUCUGCGGGCGUUGGCGCGAUCGGGGAUGAAGAUUGGAAGGAUCGAGGACGUGACGCCCAUUCCCACGGACAGCACGAGAAGAAAGGGUGGUCAUCGUGGCUGUCGUUUGUAGACAGACUACUUCCUCGCACUGCUUUUCCGUACAUGUGCGUUUUUUCUCUGGUGGGCCUUCGAUCGAGGAUUUUUUUGUCAUCGCGAUGAAUUGUUGUCUGAGCAGUUUCCAAGUAGGAUGGUGCUCGUGCGGCGGAGUUAAUGAGGGGAAGGGAGCUCUCUGCUGCUUUGUGUGGAAGCAAAUUUUGAUUUGCCCGAGGGAGCGAAGGCAUACGUUCCCGCGGUGUUUGGUUCC